AUGCCCUGGAUCGUUCGCCAUCACCAUGGAGAGCACGCAUCGUUGCUCAUUGAGCAGGUUCAAGUUCGUGUCACCAUCGCAGGAUUGAAUCCGCACGAUCAAAAGGGCCGCGACAUUGGUCUCUUCACAAAAGAUUCUCUUCCAGCUCUACUCGGCAGUGACGUUGUCGGCGUUGUUACGGUCCCAGGCGAAGGUGCAACUCGCUUUAAAAAAGGCGAUAGCAUCUUCGGACAAGCUUCAAUCGCACCUGGAUCUGCUUCCAAGGCAACUCAGCAGUACGCGGUUCUGGACGAAGACUUCGCCUCUAUUGUACCGGACGGUGUUUCCGAAGACGAUUGCGCUACACUUCCAACCAACAUUUUAGCUGGCCUCGUAGGAUUCUUUGAUAAAGAGCAGGGUUUGGGUCUUCCAAACCCUUGGAGUUUGACGGAAAGCAGGUCCCAUCUGGCCAACUCAUCCAUCCUGAUCGUAGGCGGAGGGUCUAACUGCGGCCGCUUUGCGACCCAGCUAGCGAAGCUGGUUGGCUUUGGAACUGUCGUUGUUGUCGGCGGCAAAGAGGAAGAACUUCGCAGAUACGGUGCGACAAACGUGGUUGACCGUCAUGGUGGAGACGACUUCGUACUCCAGCGUAUUCGGGAUAUCGUGGGAGAUGACUUGGUAUAUGCCUUCGAUGCUUUCAACGCCCCUGUAGGUCAGCACUUGGCCAUAAAUGCGCUUUCCAAUUCUAAAGAAGGCACACUUGCACGUUUGGUUUGGUCGAGAGGCGCUGUGGACGAGUCCAAGAUCCACCCGAAGCAAGCUGGGUACGUUCUGAAGGGUGUUCUUGGAUUCUCUCACUCCAAGCCAGAUAUUGCGAUUCCCUUCUGGAAGCACAUCGCUGAGUAUCUGGUUGGAGGAAAGAUCAAACCGCUGGCGUAUGUGAUAGAGCAGGGUCUGGAUUCCGCAAAGGUGAACGAAGUGCUAGACCGUUAUCGCGAUGGAAAGGUGGUCACCCAGACCCAUUUCCACGUGUCGGAGUCAUAA